GGCUGGUACGGAGAAUUGGUUGGAAAUACGCCCAAAUUUCUCAUCCCGCCCAACACCCGCAACGGACGGCGAGCGAGGAGAGGACAAGGACAACGGAUAGGCAUCAUGGAUGGGGCAGAGCGCGCCGCAGAGGGCGCAGCGCUGCUGAAGAAACUGGCCAGGAAGCGCAACAAGAAGGCCGCAAAGAAGAAGUCCAAGCCAAAGCAAGACAAGCCACCACAGCCACAAGAGCAGCAAGAACCACAGCCACACGAGCAGCAAGAACCUCAAUCACAGUCACAAGAGCAACAAGAACCACAGUCACAAGAGCAGCAUGAACCACAACCACAGUCACAACACCAGCUCGAGCCACAACCACAACAACCCCACCAGAGUGAGCCACAACUUCCCUACCAGGCCCCAGCAGUUUCUGCGACAGCAAACGAUUUCGUGGACAAUACUGCUGCCGCUCCUCAUGACAUUGGGCACGGCCAGCACAACGAGGACAACGGCACGCUUGCCACAGAUUCCAGCGAUCACACAGCGCCUCAGUCCGCCCCAUAUGAUCAGCAAGAAGGGCAGGAUGAGCUCAUGUCGUCUCAGCCACUAGACUCCAGCGAUCUCACAGCGCUGCUCACGGGGCUUGAGUCUGCGGGAAGCGACGUGCAUGACGCGGUACUGGCUGCAGAGCAGCAGGUCACCCAACAGCGUGAACAGAUUGACAGACUCAACCAGAACUUGGAUGAGCUGAGGAAUGAGAACGCCCAGCUGCGCCAGCAGCUUGCCGAUGCCGCCAGCACUACAGUCACAAGCGAGCAGCAGCAACAGCAGCGCGUGCAUGUGCUGGAGCAAGAAGUGGGCACACUGCAACACAACCUGCACAGUGCACAGGCCGAGCUGGCCGAGGCGCAGAGGGAGGUGGCGGAGCGCGAAAGUGGACGCCUGGAAGCGAUUACGCUCCAGCGCGAGCAGCGAGGGGAGAUUGAGAGGCUGCAGCAAGAGCUGUCUGAGCUGCGGACAACGCGGACGAAGCGAGAGGAAGACAUUGAGCGGGAGCGCUCGGAGCUGCUGGUCAAGGUGGAGGAGUUGCAGGCGCAGAGCGGAGAUGUGGAGGCACGGCAGCGAGAGGAGAUUGAGAGGCUGCAGCAAGAGCUGUCUGAGCUGCGGACAACGCGGACGAAGCGAGAGGAAGACAUUGAGCGGGAGCGCUCGGAGCUGCUGGUCAAGGUGGAGGAGUUGCAGGCGCAGCUGGCAUCAGCGGGCGACCUAAACGAGACUGUCCUGCGGCUGACGGGCGAGCGCGAUGAAGCCAUGUCACGGGCGCGGGAACAAGAGCAGCAGCUGGCUGACCGCGAACAGCAGCUCACACACGCGCAGAAGCAGUUGGCGGACCUGCAGCAGCAGGUGGACACGCUUGCCACUUCGUCCAGCGAGGACGUUGCCCAGUGGCAGGAACGCGUGCAGCAAGAGGAGAGCGAGCACGCCGAAACAAAGCAGCAGCUUGCGCAGGAGCAGCAGCGCGCGCACGACCUCCAGCAGCAGCUGCAGCGCCUGCAAUCGUCGCAGCGCGCCGUUGACGAGGGCAUGGCGGGCCUGCAGUCGCUCGAGCAGGACAUACAGCGGCGCGAGAAGGACGUGCAAGCGCGCGAAGAGAGGCUUGCCUCAGACGAGGAGGCGUUGCGCACGCGCCAGUCACAGCUGAGCGAGCAGGAGCACGCACUCACGCAGCAGCAGCAAGAGCACAGCGAGCAGCGGCGCGCGUUUGAGGAGGAGAUGCACCAGGCGCGGGCACACGUGCACGAAUUGGAGGAGAGCGUGAAGGCGCGCGAGCGUGCGGUGGAGAUGAAGGAGGCUGCUGCUGCUCAGGAUGAUGAACACGCCAACGCGCAGCUGGCCGACCUGCAGGAGAAGUGUGCACGUGCACAGCAGGAGAAGGAGGAGGUUGAGGAGCGGAUGUCCCAGCUGGAGACAAGCCUGCAGCACCAGGUGGUGUCGCUACAGCAGCAGAACAAGGACCAGCAGCAGCGCCUGUCGCAGAGCAGCGAAGAGCACGCACAGGACAAGCUUGCGCUGAAGCAGCUGCGGGAAGAGCUGAACAUGGCCAAGGCAGAGCUGGCCGCGGCGCAGGCGCAGGUGCAGGCGCAGUUGGAGGAGCAGGACGCCGACCUCGCACACAGGGCAAAGGAGGUGGAGGAGAUGCGCGCAGAGCUUGAGCGGCAGCAGCAGCUGCUCGACGCCGCAAGCGCCAAGGUUGCACAGCGGGAGAAGGAGGCCGAGGAGGAGUGGCGGUCGCUGGGGGAGCAGCAGCACCAGGUGGAGCAGGCCAAGCGAGAGGCAGCCGUCGCCGCAAGCAGGCUGCAGGAGAGGGAAGAGCAGCUGCACGCAAGCGAGCGCACACUUGAUGAGAUGCGUGCGACGCUGCAGUCGACGGAACAGGCGCUGAGCGCACAGCAGGACGAGCUGGACCAGCGCGAGGAGAGCCUGAAGGAAUACGAGGCCAAGAUGCGGCAGUCGUGGGCGGAAGCAAACGCCAGUUUGGAGGAGGACCGGGAGGACCUGGACCGCAGGCGCAAGGAGUUGAGCGAAGCACGUGAGUCGCAGCAGCAGCGUGAGGGCGAGCUGUUGCGCCGCCGCUCCGAGCUCGACGACACGGCGGAGAAGCAGCAGCAGCUGGAGAUGCAGCUUGCCAGCGAGGUUGAGCGCGUCGAGUCCCUCAAGGCGCAGCUGCAGCAGCAAGAGGAACAGCUGCAGCUGCAGCAGCGCGACGUGCAGGAGGCGCGGGAGGCGCUUGAUGCCGACCAGGCUGAACUGGCCAAGGAGAAGGAGCAGGUCCGCAGCCGCGUGGAGACGGCAGAGCGCCGCUGGCAGGACGUGGAGGAGCGGCAGCAGACGCUGGCCGACGCUGAGAAGGCGAUGGAGAAGCAGGCGCGGGACGCAGACGAGCGCGCAGCCAACCUCAAUGCCCGGCAGCAAGAGCUUGAGGCCGCCAUGGAGGAGGUGACGAAGCAGCGGCAGGAGCUGGCGCGGCUGCACGAGGCGGCUGAGGCAGACGUCAGUGCCGUGCAGCGGGAACUGCAGCAGGAACGCACGCGCCUGCGCCAGCUGUCAGAGGAGCUGGACGCCAGGGAGAAGGAACUCGCCGCAGCGCGGGAAGCACAUGCGAGCGAAGCAGAGGAGCUUGCACACAAGCAGCGCAAGCUGGCAGACAGGCAGCAGCACCUGCACGCGCGGGAAGCGCAGCUGGUCACGCACGAGAACGAGGCGGCGAGGCGGCAGCACUUGCUGGAGAAGGGCGAGCGGCAGCUGAAGGACAAGUGGGAUGACCUGGACGCGCGCACACGCGAGCUGCAGGAAAACCACGAGAUGUUCAUGAACGACAUGACCGUGCGUGAGCACCGCACGCGCGUGGCGCGAAGCGAGCUGGCGAACCAGCAGCGCGCACUCGCGGCGCAGCAGCAAGAGCUGGAGCGUUCACGUGCACAGCUGAAGCAGGAUGCCGAGAAGCAGCGAGCGCGGGCAAGCGCACAGCAGCACGACCUCGACGCCCGGUUUGAGGAGCUGGAGCACCAGCGCACAGCCCUGGCACGGCAGCGGCUGCAGGCGGAGCAGCUUGCCGCAGAGAACCACGAACGGCAGAUGCAGCUACAGCAGCUGGAGAAGGACCAAGCCAAGAUGGACGAGAGCCUGGCUGCGCGCGAGAAGGACGUGGAGGCGCGGGAGGAGCGCAUGCGCGAGCAGUCCUCUCGGCUGUCCUCCCAGUCCACAGUGCUGAACGAGCUGCGGCAGCGGCUGGACGAGGAAGAGCGGGCGCUGCAGGAGCGCACGGACGCGUUUGCAAAGGAACAGCAGGAGGCGCGCGACGCCCUCAGCGCAAAGGAGGAACAGCUCAACGCACAGAGCCAGUCCCUGAGCGAUGCGCGGGCGCAGGUGGAGAAGCAGCAGCAUGCCGUGCGCCAGCAGGCCGCCAAGCUGGUGGAGGACCAGGAGAAGGUGAAGGCGCGGCACAAGGAGGCAGACGAGCGGAGCGCCAUGCUUGAGCAGCGGGAGCAGCGCGCGAAGCAGCAGCACGACGCGCGCACGCGCAAGCUCAACGAGCGGGUGACGCAGAUUGAGGAGCUUGAGGCGCGGUUACUCGUGCGCACGAAGGAGCUUGAGAAGGCGCAGGCGUACUUUGAGCGGCUGAAGCAGGACCAGGAGCAGCACCUGCGGCAGCAGAAGCGGGCCCUGGAGACACGCGAACGCACCAUUGAGGAGAAGCUCAACCACCUGCGCUCGCAGGAGGACCUGUUGCGUAAGCUCGAGGAGCGUGCACAGGCCAAGUUUGCCGGCAUGACGCAAGAGCGCGCGGCGCUGGCGGACAGCUGGGGGCGGGAACGGCACGAGCUGCACCAGCUCAAGGAGGAGCUGAUUGCAUACGAGCAGCGGCUGGAGGCGAGGGAGACGUCGCUGCGUGAUCGACAGGAGCAGCAGCGCAAGGAACUGGAGGAGAUUGGCAAGCAGCGUGCCGCCGCCAGGGUGGAGCGCACGCAGCUUGAGGAAGCCCGCAUAGCACUGCAGCAAUCGCAGGACACACAGCAGGAGCGGCAGGAGCUGGAACAGCUGAUGCAAGAGGUGACGCAGCAAAUCUCCGAGCUGGACACGCAGAAGAAAGAGAUGGACAGGCACCACCUGAACAUGAAGCGGGCGCUGCUGGUGCUGUCUGAGGCCUUCCCUGACACACGCCUCUCCGACCGCCAGGUUGACGAAGUGACGAUUGAAGAGGCGCUGGCGCUUGUUCGCGAGCGCGUAGCUGUGUUGAAGGAGCAGAAGCAGGACGAACAGGCCCGCGCAACGCGGCUGCAGCAGGACGUGCGCACGCUUCAGCAACAGCACAGCAAGAGCAGCAGCAUGGGCAGCAGCCGGCGCAGUGAUGACGCGGGUGCCAGCAGGCGUGGCGGCACCGCGUCUGAUGCUGAUGCUGAGGCCGUCCGCCGUGCACUUGAGGAACGGGAUCACGCGUUGAAAGAAGCGCAACAUCUCCGGCAACGGCUGCAGGAACACGUCAACAACAGCGGCGAGGCGCACCAGGGAGAGGCGGCCCUACUGCAGCGAAUGCUGAACAGCGAAACGCAGGAGCUGCGCGCUGUUAAGGCGCAGCACGUCAAGGCAGAGACGCGCGCAAAGUCGCUUGAGCAGCAGGUCACGCGCCUGGAGCACGAACUCACGCGUGUGAGGGAGCAGCAGCAGAAACAACAGCAGCAACUGCAACAGCAGCAGGGCGCAGCGAACACGCGCGAUCACCAGCAGGGUGACCACCAACAUCAUCACCACCACCACGCGGGCGAUGAGAAGCAUGCGCACAAGCUGCGGGAGCUUGAAGAGACGCUUGACGCUGCGUUUGAGGAGCGUGACCAGACGAAUCAGCGGAUUGAGGUGCUCCACAGCCGUCUGCAGGAGCUUACAGCACGCCACGAGAAGGAGGUCGCCCGCCUCAAGGCUGAGAAACAGGACCUGGAGGAAGAAGUCAAGGCGCUGAGCAACAGCGGCAGCAGCAGACGCGCACGUAGAGGACACGGGCACGAUGACGACGGCGGCGACAACGAUGGUGGUGACCGCGAGCAAGAAGAGGCUGUGCGUCGCUUGUCCACGCACGCAAUCACGCUUGAAACGCAGUUGCGCGAGGCGAUGGACGAGCGGGAAGAGCUUGGGCGGCAGUUGUCGAGCCAGCAGGCCGAGAACGAAACGCUGCGCGAAAAGUACGACCACCUGCAAGACCGCUACCGGGCAAUGGAGGACACCUGUCGCGAUUUGUUGCGUGAGCGCGUGGACUCGCAGUCCGCUGCCAUCAGCAGCACCCGCGGUAAUGGUGGUAACAAUAGAGGCUUUGGUGCAAGUGGCUCGCGCUCGCGCCACCAACCCCAGCACCGCCAUCUCCUUGACCGGAGCGAGGGGCGUGACAGCUUCGGCAGCCCGCAGAGCCACGACAGCCGUGAUGGUGGAAGGGUGAGUGGCGACGAGGAUGAGGAUGACCAAGCGGUCGACGCAACGACGCGCGGAUAUCGCCACGCACGCGACGCCGACGUGCGCCACCUGCACACGCAGGCCAGGGCCAGUGGUGGUGGUGGUGGUGGUGUGUCGCACAGCGAGCGCAGCAUGGCGAGCGAAGAGCACCAGCUCCUGCGAGGGAUUGACAGCGGACUGCUUGACCCAACCCUCAAGGCGCUGCUCAGCUACCGCCGCCCCAACACCACGGCCAAGCAGGCUGCAGCCACGAAUGGCGCAGGCGACCUCUACUCAUCAACGCCGGGCAGACAGCCAUACGCGCACAUGCAAACGUACCCGCCAGUGCGUGGCAGUGGCAGUGGCAGCCAUGGUCAUGGUGAUGGCGAUGGCGAUGAUGGUGAGGGCAGCGAUGUCCGUCUUGAGCGUCACGGCGCGGCGCUGGCGGCACUCGAGCGAAUGCGCUCGCUCACCAGCACGGAUGCCUCUGCCACAACACGGACGACGGACGUUGUGACACAAAGCAGUGUGACGUCGCUUCGAUGGCAAACGAGCGGUGGUGGGCGGCAGAGCCCCUUCCAGCCGUUCAAGAGCCCAACAGCUCGCUAUGGUGAUGAUGAUGAUGUUGAUGAUGAUGGUGACGAUGAUGUUGAUGAUGGUGACAUCAGCCGCCAGCAUCAGCUGCUUCGGCAGAACGCUGCAGCCAGGAGUAGCGGUGGCGACAGAAGCGGCGUGGCAGGCCAGGACCACGCACCGUCAUCGUCAUCAGCGCCAACUGCAACAGCAGCAGCAGCAACCAGCACAUCGGGCAUCUACGGGUUUGGCAGAGGCGACAGCGGCGACGCAUCUGCGCUGUACAGCGACCAGCACCAGCACACCAUUCGCGGCACGGCUGAGCUCCUGGACGAUCGCUCGUGGGCGCGAAGGAGUGGGGACAAUGAGGGCUUCAGUGCUGGCCGCGAUGUGUACGACACGUCACCUACCGCGUCAUCGGUGCAGUCGUAUCACACUGCCGUCUCCCACGCCAACGACUCGCCAUCAGAGCUGGACGCCUCUGGCCAGUUUGCCCGACGCAGCAGCGGCAACAUCCGCUUUGCCGAUGGCGAUGGUGAUGGUGAUGGUGAUGGUGAUGGCGAUGGUGUUGGCAGGUAUCGUGGGUCUUGGCGCGGUGGAGGUGGUGAUGAGCAAGAGGAGCCGUUGUACUCCUCUGGCGGGCGAUCGCAUCGCAGCCACCGCAGUGCCUAUGGUGGUCACAGUCAUGGUGAUGGUGAUGGUGAAGGGGAUGAUGGUGAUGGUGAGUUUGGGGACGCUGCCAACACAACGUUGACAGCAACGAAUGCUGGACGCGGUGCUCGCAGCAGCAGCUACCAUGAUGGCGGUGAUGGGGAUGACGAUGACGAUGGUGCUGGUGAUGUGAUGGGGGACGCGUCGCACUGGCGUGCCAAGUACGGUGGCGGCCGUCAUGCAUCAACGGCACGGGCAGGCGACCUCGGUAGCGGGUUGCUGCAGGACUUGGAUGCCAUGGGCGAGUCCACCUGGCCCAGCACAACACGAACGGUGCCAACAGCACCAACAGCACCACGCCAGCAGCUUCCAGAUGCUCACGCGUUUCUGCAGAAGCUGAUGCAAUCACGGGAUGUACACGAAUCUUACCCCGCAGAAUAG